AUGGACCGGCCGCUCGGCCCUCGACAACCAGACAAACGCAAUGCUGCCUACGAGUCCAUCUUUGGCCGCCCGGGUGUGUCCCACCACCAACAACACACCGCCCCUCCUCCCCAGUACCCCCAAUAUGGUGCGCAACUGGACAAGCGGACGUCGGGCUCGUCGCGGGCACCCUCGAUCAACUACCCUCCAACGCAACAACAGGGCCCGCCCUUGAACAGACAGUCGUGGUACCCGUCUCAGCCGGGCUAUCCCAGUGUGCCACCACCGGCCACGAACUAUACGUACUCGAGUCAGAAUAAUCUCGCAGCUCCUUCGAUCAUCAGUCGUGCGCGGUCCGUAGCUAGUUCUCCCGGCGUGAUCGCCCCCCUCGAAGAGGGCCGGGAUCCCAGUCUCGAGGCAUGGACACGAGCGGGCCUCACUCCUGCACAGGCUUAUCAAGCUCAGGUUUACAUGAACAGCCCGAUGGGGCAGCAGCAACAAGGUCUCCCGCCGCCCCCGCCCUCAUCGAACCCGGAGCUACCAAUACUCGGUGUCAACAUCGAUACUGACGACGGGAGGCUGGGUAUCGACUUCGUUGCAGACGGGCGUACGCCGAGUGAGGCGGGUACGGAAGAAAGCUCGAGCGAAUUACCUUGGGCCAGACACCGCUCGAAGCCAAACAGUGCUUUCCGGAAAGACCGUAUCCCCCAGGACCGCUCACGCUCCAUGUCGGCGACAAUGACCCCGCAGUUCCGAGCCAUGCUCGAGUCGGGGCGCAUUCCUAGACCACCCAUCCCACCGCAGCUCGGCGGCCGGGAGUCGCCCGCUUCGACGCGUGCACAGGCUCCACAUCGCUCGCGGACGCCCGUGGUGUAUCCCGCGCUUCUCUCACGCGUCGCUGAGGCGUUAAGAGCGCGACUAUUGUUGCAGGACCGCGUGAAGGACGGUCUCACUUACAAGGACGCGUUCGAUGGCCGCGAGGCGGUCGACCAGAUCGCGUACAUUAUCAAGACGACGGACCGAAAUCUGGCACUACUUCUUGGGCGCGCGCUGGACGCGCAGAAAUUCUUCCACGCGGUCACGUAUGACCACCGCUUGCGCGACUCGUCACACGAUCUGUACCAGUUCCGCACAAAGCUUCCCAGCCCAUUUGUGAGCGGUGAGCUGGCCAAUGUGGAGGAAGACGGAGACGGCAUCAGCAAGGACGGCUCGCGACCCACGUCGCCGUCCCCGCCGGAUUCGGUUAUCUCGCCAAAAGCGCGGCCACGCCGAGGCUCCGUGUCGGCAGACGACGUGCCCCUUCCCUCAGGCGUCUUCACGCUGCUCACGGACUGCUACUCGCCGACAUGCUCGCGUGAUCAGCUGUGUUAUUCCAUUGCGUGUCCACGGCGGCUUGAGCAGCAGGCGCGGCUGAACAUGAAGCCGCAGCCCGGGCUGAAGAAGCAGAUCAGCAAGGAGAGUCUUGGUGACCUUGUGGAACCGGGCACACUCUGGAUACAUACCGUCCCACAGGAGGUCGUGAACAGCGUGUCGGACACCGAGAAGAAACGCCAGGAGGCCAUCAACGAGGUGAUGUACACUGAACGUGACUUCGUGAGGGAUAUGGAGUAUCUGCGAGACCUUUGGAUAAAGCCCUUGAGAGAGCAGGAGAUCAUUCCCGAAUCACGACGUGCGGACUUCCUGACACAAGUGUUCUGGAACAUCAACGACAUCAUUGCCGUGAACACUCGCUUGCGUGACGCGUUGAACAAGCGUCAAAAGUCGUAUGCCGUGGUCGAGCAGAUCGGAGACGUGCUGUUGGACGCAGUGCCCCACUUUGCACCAUUCGUAUCGUAUGGAGCUCAUCAACUGUACGGUAAGUACGAGUUCGAGAAGGAGAAAAGCUCAAAUCCCGCGUUUGCCGCGUUUGUCGAGGAAAUCGAACGGCGUCCCGAGUCGCGCAAGCUGGAGCUGAACGGUUAUUUGACCAAACCCACCACCCGACUUGCUCGAUAUCCGCUUCUUUUGGAGGCUGUGCUGAAGCACACACCGGAUGACAACCCCGACAAGGCCGCUCUUCCCAAGGCUGUCGCGAUGGUCCGCGAGUUUUUGAAGGCAGUGAAUCAUGAGACUGGCAAGGCGGAAAAUCGCUUCAAUCUCUUACAGCUUGACCAGCAGUUGGUCUUUAGGCCAGGGGAAGAAGUUGAUCUCCGUCUGAAAGAGGAGGGACGAGAGCUCAUUUACAAGGGAGCAUUAAAGAAGCAGGGUGAUAGCUCGGAACUUCAGGUGUUCCUCUUUGACCAUGCCCUGCUCUUGGUCAAAGCGAAGAGCAAGGUUGAGCUGUAUAAAGUCUACCGCCGUCCGAUCCCUCUCGAACUGCUUCUCGUCUCCGCACCCGACGACUUCCCAUCAGGCAAGCCGCACAAGGACCGAGAAAAGCAGAAGUUGCUGAAGAACGCACCUCACGCCCCGGUCAUCCCUAUGAAGGAAUCAAAGGGCGGCUUCUCGAUCACCUUCGUGCAUCUCGGGCGCAAGUACUACCAGAUCACUCUGGUGGCGAGCACGUAUGUCAGCCAGCGGAAAUGGGUGGAGAACAUACAGAAGCAGCAAGACUUGAUGCGCGAAAGGAGUCUGGUCUUUGAGACUGUGACUCUGAGCGAAGACUUCUUCGUGGGGCCCACUCGCGUCAACUGCGCCGCUCCAUUUGGCCAAGGAAGGCGAGCCGUGUACGGUACUGACGACGGUAUCUAUUUGUCGAAUCUCGGAGAACGAAAUCGAGAACCCGUCAAGGUCCUCGCCCUAAAUGACGUGCAACAGGUAGACGUGUUGGAAGAUUACCAGCUCCUGAUUGUUCUAUCAGAGCGACAAGUCAUCACAUUCCCGCUGGACGCCCUGGAUCCAAGGGACCCCAUGGCCGGCCUGAAGCGUGCCAAGCGUAUAGCUUCACAUAUCUCGUUCUUCAAGACAGGUGUGUGCCUGGGAAAAACGCUCGUGUGUGUCGUGAAAGCCAGUCCAUUGUCAAGUACUAUCAAGACUCUUGAACCGAUCGACCAGAAUGUCCGUGGCAGGAGCAAACCCACAUUCCGUAAGCUCUUGCAAGGUGGCAAUGACACUUUGCGUGUGUUCAAGGAAUUCUACAUUCCCGUCCAAUCGAGCUCCAUACACUUCCUCAAGACGAAGUUGUGUGUGGGGUGCACGAAUGGCUUCGAGAUUGUGGAUUUGGAGACCCUGGACACGCAAGGUCUGCUGGACCCAGCAGACACAUCACUGGAUUUCGUGCGCAAACGGGAGAACCUGAAACCUCUUGCGAUCUUCCGCAUCGACAGCGAGUUCCUACUGUGCUACGAUGAGUUCGCAUUCUAUGUUAAUCGAACCGGAUGGAGGUCACGCAAAGACUUCAUGGUGUACUGGGAAGGCUACCCAACGGCUUUUGCGCUGCAUUAUCCUUAUGUCCUUGCGUUUGAACCCACCUUUGUGGAGAUUCGGCACGUCGAGACUGGUUCAAUGUCUCAGAUCAUCCAAGGCAAUAACCUUCGUUGCCUGUUCGCUGAUACUCCUCCGUCGGCCUCAAAUUCCGGUAGCCAGGCUCAAUACAGCCCGUAUCAGCAGGGCUACGGAUACACCCAGUACGGCCCCGCAACCCCCAAUUCAUACAGCGGUCGAGCAUCGAUAGGAAGUGUCCAUGGUCAGCUGUCCCCACAGACAGCGUAUACCAACCCGUAUCAGCCACGGAUGCCAAUAUCAGCCGGACGUGACGAGAUCCUCAUGGUCUCUGAUGACAAGAUUAUGAGGUUGCAGAUGGCGACGCCUCCACAUAACUCAUAGUCCUAGCGUCUAUGAUACUGAUAGCUCGCGCGCUCCUUCCAUCUACCCUCCCUUCCGUACUGAGCCAUUGGUGCGCCGCCGUGCGCUGUGUUCAUAUGUGUCGCGUUCUAUAUCUGUUGUUUACUCAUCUCUCGUCCUCCUCAUAGCACUUAUAUAUCCUACCCGCAUUUGUAGCCGAGAUCAUUGUUAUGAUACGCUAACAUAUUUUCACGAUAGAUCACGACGCACUCAUGUUCUUGUAGUAUGUAUGAGUGGUCUCACCCUUCAUCGGUAUGCAUACCUCAUCAGUACCUGACCUGGUGAUCACCAACAUGAGACUGCCAGUUGACAGGACAGCAUUUACCUUGUCCUCAUCGCAGGAUAACUCUUUGGAGGUACGAGUCAAGUGAAAGCAAGCAUACGUCGCCGUCUACGAUAGACCCCAUACAUAGUUUCGUGCUGCAUAGCCUGGCCCCCUUAAUAAUACCUCUUAAUGAUACAUGAUGCUGC